GCCUCCUUUUCCAACCCGUACAGCCUUGCCCAGCCCAGGCAGCCCCUCCUGGUCGGCUCCUGCCCUCACAGCUGCUGUGCAGAGACUCCAUCUGCUCCCAAAGGCCUCAGCAGGGGGCACAGACUCCAGCACCUGCAGGGGCCAAGCUCGUCUGAGACAGGGACACGAUGCAGGCCUGUCUAAGGGGCUGUGCAGCCCAGCCCUGUCCCGAUGGCCUCCACCUUGCUGGGGUCUUGACAUUUGCAUCAUGGGAAUCUGCUCUACAUCCCUUCUUCGCCCCUGCAGGGAAUCUUAGUGAAGAAGAAGCGGACCUGGCACAAACACAGCCUGGGGCAGACGCCUGACGUGAAACCCGUGCAGAACGGCAGCCAGCUCUUCAUCAAGGAGCUGCGGAGUCGGACCUUUCCCAGUGCGGAAGAUGUCGUGGCCCGCGUGCCAGGCAGCCAGCUCACACUGGGCUACAUGGAGGAGCAUGGCUUCACGGAGCCCAUUCUUGUCCCCAAGAAAGACGGCCUGGGCCUGGCGGUGCCGGCCCCCACCUUCUAUGUCAGCGAUGUCGAGAACUACGUGGGCCCAGAGCGGAGUGUGGACGUGACAGAUGUCACCAAGCAGAAGGACUGCAAGAUGAAACUGAAGGAGUUUGUGGACUAUUACUACAGCACCAGCCGUAGGCGGGUCCUCAGCCUCACCAGCCUGGAGUUCUCCGACACCAGAAUGUCCAGCUUCGUGGAGCCGCCUGAGAUUGUGAAGAAACUGUCCUGGGUAGAGAACUACUGGCCCGAUGACGCGCUGCUGGCCAAGCCCAAGGUGACUAAGUACUGCCUGAUCUGUGUGAAGGACAGCUACACCGACUUCCACAUCGACUCCGGGGGCGCCUCUGCCUGGUACCAUGUGCUCAAGGGGGAGAAGAUCUUCUAUCUCAUCAAGCCGGCUUCCGCCAACAUCUCCCUGUAUGAGCGCUGGCAGUCGGCCUCGAACCACAGCGAGAUGUUCUUUGCCGACCAGGUAGACAAAUGCUACAAGUGCACUCUCAAGCAGGGCCAGACGCUCUUCAUCCCCUCCGGCUGGAUUUAUGCCACACUCACGCCCGUGGACUGCCUGGCCUUCGCGGGACAUUUCCUCCACAGCCUGAGUGUGGAGAUGCAGAUGAGAGCAUACGAAGUGGAAAGAAGGUUGAAACUGGGCAGCCUGACUCAGUUUCCCAACUUUGAAACUGCCUGCUGGUACAUGGGAAAGCACCUGCUGGAGGCUUUCAAAGGUUCUCACAAAUCCGGGAAGCAGCUGCCCCCUCAUUUAGUCCAGGGAGCUAAAAUUCUCAAUGGUGCUUUCAGAUCAUGGACUAAAAAGCAGGCUUUGGCAGAGCAUGAAGAUGAGCUCCCCGAGCACUUCAAACCCUCGCAGCUCAUCAAGGACCUGGCCAAAGAGAUCCGGCUCAGCGAGAAUGCCUCCAAGGCUGCCAGACCAGAAGUGACUUCUGCGAUCUCGAAUGAGGUCUACUUUGGGGAUCGAGAGAAGGAGCAACCUCCCUCGCCCAUUGAGGCCAGCCCUCCUCGGUCCUUCCUGGAGAAGGUGUCCAAAAAAAAGACUCACAAAACCAUGAAGAUACCCAAGCCAUCCAAAGUCCCCAAGCCCCCCAAGCCUCCCAAGCCUCCGAAGCCCCCCAAAUCACUGAAGCUCAAGGACGGGGGCAAGAAGAAAGGGAAGAAGUGUAGGGGGUCAUCCUCGCCCACAAUCCCCAACCUGGACCUGCUGGAGGCCCACACCAAGGAGGCGCUGACCAAGAUGGAGCCGCCUAAGAAGGGCAAGGCCGCAAAGAGUGUCCUGAGUGUGCCCAACAAGGAGGUAAUCACACAGAAUGACAUGGAAAGGCUGGAAAUCCGAGAGCAGACUAAGAGCAAGUCAGAGGCCAAGUGGAAGUACAAGAACAGCAAACCCGACUCCCUGCUGAAGAUGGAGGAAGAGCAGAAGUUGGAGAAGCCUCCUACAUCAGGGAACAAGGACACCAAAUUCUCAUUUUCCUUCUCCAACAAGAAGCUUCUGGGCUCCAAGGGCCUCAGGCCGCAGCCGAGCCCGGGGGUGUUUGGGGCCUUGCAGAACGUCAAGGAGGACAAGCCCCAGCCGGUGCGGGAUGAGUAUGAGUACGUGUCGGAUGACGGGGAGCUCAAGAUCGAUGAGUUUCCCAUCAGGAGGAAGAAAAACGCCCCGAAGAGAGACCUGUCCUUCUUACUGGACAGGAAGGAGCCUCUGCCCACGCCCGUUACGAAGCCAAAGCUGGACUCGGCGCCCUACAAGGGGAACGGUAGUCCUGUCCCUCCCCCCGGCUCUGUUCUGACCGGCUCCCCAUCCCCACAGCCGAGCGACGACUCCUCGGACGAGGGCUCCCUGCGCAUCGACACGGACACCAAGCCCACCCGCAACGCCAAAGUGAAGAAGGACGGCGGGGGCUCGGCCGCGGGCAUCCUGGACCUGCUGCAGGCCAGCGAGGAGGUGGGCGCGCUCGACUACACCCCCAACAGCCAGCCCCCCGCCUCGCCCAGCACGCAGGAAGCCAUUCAGGGAAUGCUGUCCAUGGCCAACCUGCAGGCCUCCGACUCCUGCCUGCAGGCCGCGUGGGGCGCGGGCCAGGCCAGGGGCAGCGCGCUGGCGGCCCACGGCGCCCGCAGGAACGGGGCGGGCGGCAAGAGCGCGGGCAAGCGGCUGCUGAAGAGGGCGGCCACGCACCGCGUGGACCUGGACGACUACGAGGAGCAGGACCACCUGGACGCCUGCUUCAAGGACUCGGACUACGUGUACCCCUCCCUGGAGUCUGACGAGGACAGCCCCGUCUUCAAGUCCCGGUCCAAGAAGAGGAAAGCCUCAGACGACGCCCCCUACAGCCCGACAGGAGGAGCAGAAGAGCAGGAAGAAGAAGAACUCCAAGAGGAAGCUGACGCCCAACACCACCUCCGCCUCCGCCUCCGCCUCCGCCUCCGCCUCCGCCUCGGCCAGCAGCACCUCGGCCUCCACCACCCCCGCCUCCGCCACCCCCGCCUCCACCAGCACGGCCUCCACCAGCACGGCCAGCAGCCAGGCCUCGCAGGAGGGCAGCUCGCCCGAGCUCCCGCCCGAGGCGCACAGCAGCAGCCUGGCGGACCACGAGUACACGGCGGCGGCCGGCUCCUUCGGCGGGGCCCCGGCCAGCCGCGCCUCCCAGCCCAUGGCGCCCGGGGUCUUCCUCUCGCAGCGGCGGCCCUCCGCGUCCUCCCCCAACAGCGCUGCCGCCAAAGGAAAGCGUACAAAAAAGGGCAUGGCCACCGCCAAGCAGAGGCUUGGGAAAAUUUUGAAAAUUCAUCGGAAUGGAAAGCUGCUCCUUUAAAGUUUGGAGAGCCAGGAUCCUUCUGCUCCGCUCAGGACCCCGGAGCCCCGCCUCGCCGUCAGCCCCCCGGAGGGUGCCGGCCUCCGCCAGCCUCCGCCCCCGCCCUGAGCACGCCCGGCGCUCCGCUGCGGACAGAUGUCCCUUCUCACGUCGCUUAGAGUGACCAGGGCCCGGAGCUCGGCCCCGCCAGUCUGAGGACCCUUCCGGUUUCGGGGCCUCUAGGCACCCGAGCGCGGAGGUGGCAGGGCCUCGGCAGCUCUGCUGGGAGCACGAGUCCUUCGAGGAAGGAGGAGUGAGCCAACACUCACCAGGCCCAGAGCCUGGGCCAGCCACAGGCUGGGAGCCUCCAGAGGCUUAAAAAAAGGCAAAGAACACGAGAGAGGAAGAGGAGGAGAAAGCAGGGUGUCUGUGUGCCCCCAUCUCUUCCCGAGUGGCUCUCCGGCCUGUCCGGAGAGCCGUCCCCCUGGCUCCCUGGCCGGCCAGACGGUGGGUGUCGCCCCGGAAUGCCCAGGGCAUUUCUAGGAACGACGGGGCCGGCAGCAGGGUCAGCGUUUCCGUGGGUCGGGGAGCCACUGCGGGAGGCCCCGGGGCCCAGGCAAAGCCACAGGGUGGGUCCUGUCCAGUCCCACUGGCCACACUCCCAAAAGCACUUGCCAGCCCAGGCGCCCUGCCCCGGGCCUGGCGGGGCGGAGGGCGGCCGGGCGGCCCAAAGAUGCGGGGGCCUGGCACUCUGUCCUGUCACCUGGCACUUGGUGUCGCGUGCGUGGGCGGCUCCUGGACCGAGCCCGCCCAUGGACACGGAGGGCUGGAUUUGUUUCUCAGGCAAUCCUGUAUUUUAAUUUCAGAUGUACUUCCUGAAGCAUAUUUUUCAUAGAAUGUAGCGUGUAAAUAGCUUUUUAAAUAACUUCUUUUUUAUAAGAGUAAAAGUAUCUUUAGGAAUUUCUUUCUAGAGUCCUUCAUUAACAUUUAUACGAGUUUUUUGCCGAGUCUGAUGAACAGUUGGGUUUCCGAUGCUUUUUCUUUUCCCUCCUCUUUUUUUUUUUUUUUUUUUUUUUUUUUUAUUGCUAUGGUUAUUUUUUAAUUUUAUUUUAGAGACUAAGGUAUUGCCUGAAAAACAAGUAAUGUCUGUGCAGCCUUAUAUCUGUCUUUACAGAAGCAAACAGUACACAAAAGAUCUAUUUCAGAUAUGUUUGAAGACGCGUCUUCAACUUGAAUACCAGCUUUCUUUCCUUCUUGUUGAUGAAGGGGUGGGGGACAGUUAUUUUACUAGCACCUUGUGAAGUGUUCUGUGUUUUGUGAUGCUGUAAUUUAUUAAUGUUUGUAGCUUUUUAUAUUUGUAUAUUUCUUAUGAGCUUUGUUUAUAUGCCCAUCCCCGGGUGUGCUGUCCGCAGGGAGAGGCCGCCUCGCGCAGGCCUGGGCCUGGCCCGCCUGGCGGGGGCGUGGCUGCCGAGCCGGGUGGGCACGGCCGCACCCACGGACCCGUCCGCCCCAGUCCAGCGUUCCGAAGGUUUCCUUGCCUGUUACUGUUGAACAUUUAUAUAAUCUAACCCGGCCAUCAAACUGUUCUCUCUCUCUCUUAUUUUUUAAUUUUAUUAUUAUUUUGGCAACAUGUACAUUUCUAACAAAGUUUAUCGUGGCUAUUAAAGUGUUUUAUUUCCCAAUUCAUAUUACUCUUGUAUUGAGUCCAUGAGGCCUAAGGCAACUUAAAUCAAAGUUUUAAAAGAGUAAAGAUAUUUCAGGUUUUGUACAGAA